AUGCCACGCCCGUCACCCUUCACACACUCGCCUCCCACCAGUCAGCCCUUCAGCCCCUGCCCGCCAGCCCUUCAGCCCAACGCCCGUCAGCCCUUCAGCCCCUGCCCGCCAGCCCUUCAGCCCAACGCCCGUCAGCCCUUCAGCCCCUGCCCGCCAGCCCUUCAGCCCAACGCCCGUCAGCCCUUCAGCCCCUGCCCGCCAGCCCUUCAGCCCAACGCCCGUCAGCCCUUCAGCCCCUGCCCGCCAGCCCUUCAGCCCAACGCCCGUCAGCCCUUCAGCCCCUGCCCGCCAGCCCUUCAGCCCAACGCCCAGGGUGGACAGGUGGGUAAGCAGGUGGAGGAGGAGGGCGUGUGGGGGAGAGCUACCAAGGACCUGCUGUCAAGGGCUUUACCUGCUGACUUCUGCUCCGUGGUGCUGCUCUCCGAUGCUGAUGUCCUCCUGCAUUCCAUAGCCCAGGAGCUCGCGGGAAAGUGGGGGAUGGAAAUGAUGCUGGUAAGGAACAACGCCUCCUUCUCUGGGCUGCCGAAGGUGGUGGCGGCUGCGAGGAAGGUGAGGCGGCGGGCGUGGUGCGUAGCCGUCGUUGUAGCAAGCACUGACCCAGCCUUCCUUCUCGCCUUCGCUAAAGAGAGUCGCAAGGGUCGGCUUCUGGUGUGGGAGACAAGGCUGCUGGUGGUGACGAGUCUGCCGUCCGCCAAAGCCAGUGCCCUCCUGCGUGGACACUGGACUUUUGCCAUGAUGAACUGUGUGCUGCUGAACCUGAGACCGGCAGCGCUGAGGGGCGAGGCGCUGGUCUUCCUGCCAUACAGCCCCGGGGGUCGGCGGGUGGUGGUGGGCGUGGCGAGCUGGACGUCACCGGGGGGUCUUGCACCUCACAGCGACUCCCAGCUCUUCCCUUUCAAGUUUGCAGACUUCUACGGCGCGACCAUACCCGUUACGGCGCUAAUCCUACCGCCGUUCUGGAAGGUUGUGGACGCCGGGGCCGCAGAUAGUUGGUCCAAGUACUCGGGAAGGGAUUGUCUGCUUAUGAAGGCGUUAGCGAGGACCCUAAAUUUCACCUUCCAUCUAGACAAGAGUUCUAACAUUGAUGAGAUCAUGGCGAGUCUCGAGGGCGGUCGCGUCAUGCUGUCGGGAUUUCGCAUCAUGCUCAUCCCACAAAUCCUAGAGAGAGUUGACCACACGUACUUCAUCGACCGCGCUUCCUUCGCCUUCAGCAUGGCCAAGCCCACCACGAGGCCCCAGUGGCAGAGCCUGUACUACCCCCUGAGGCCCUGGGUGUGGCUGUGUAUCCUCAUCUCCACUGUGGUUGUGUUGUCCCUUAUGUCUUUGAUUUUCUACAUGGAGGACGAGGAAAGAGGGACGCCAGCACACCGCUCCGCCGUUCUCGACACCCUGGGCAUCCUCUUGGGGCACGACAUGCAGUUAAGGAUGUCCAGGUGGACCGCGGGGUUCGUACUGGUGCUGAGCUGGCUGAUAUUGGCGAUGGUGGUCAGUACAGGUUAUCGGGGGACGCUCACGGCCUUCCUCUCAGUCCCGAAGUACCCAAGUCGGCCUGAGACGAUGGAGGAGCUUGCGAAGGCGAAUGUGAGGUCGGUUUUUACCCAGAACGCCACGAGGUUCCUCAUGUACUUCCAGGAAUCGAACAUCCCCGCCUAUCGCAGCGUGGGGAGCCGCGUCGACUGGGUGACCUCCGUGGUUAAUGGGCUCCAGCAGAUUUCGGAACAGAAGAAGGCGUUUUUCCACGAGCGCUACAACACGUUACUUGAAAUCGCUGAGCGCUUCACUGAGGCGGAUGGUUCCACGCCUCUGUACGUUGCUCGCGAGAAUGUCAUCCCAAACUACGCCGCCUGGAUGAUGCCCCACGACGCGCCCUACAAGUCGGACGUUGACCAAGGCCUUCUCAGGAUCAUUGAAAGCGGCCUAAAGGAGAAAUUCACGGACGACAUGCUGCGGGAGGCCUGGCAGGAGAUCCGGCUGAAGAAGAGAGACCACCAGGAGGCGAAAGUCGGGAGCUCUGUCCAAACCGACGAUCACCAAAAGUCUCUAAGUAUGAACCAUAUGCAAGGCGCCUUCUGGAUCUUGCUGUUGGGGGCCCUCCUUGCCUCAGGGGCCUUCCUUGGGGAACUCAUAGUGGCACCUGAGCGUCUUCGAGGAACCUUGAGGAUUGAAUACAUGAAAGAAUAG